CUCCUCUCUCUCCUCUCAGUCGGCCGCUGCCGCUGCCUGCCUGUCGCCGGGGCUGGGAGAGCCCGAGAGCGUGUGCUGUGUGUGUGUGUUCUGUGAGUGACGCGGCGGAGGUGUAGUUUGACGCGGUGUGUUACGUGGGGGAGAGAAUAAAACUGCGGCGAGAGCCUAGGCGCGAACGAAAGCAGUGACGGAGCAGCCUCUAGCCCGAACUUGCCUUAUCCAAGAAUGUGUGGUAUCGAAAUUCAGUUCUUGAGUUACAAAGAUAACUAAAUGACCAUGGAAUCUGGGGCAGAGACUCAGCAGAGCGGAGAUGCAGCCGUUACAGAGGCAGAAAACCAACAGAUGACAGUACAGGCACAGCCACAAAUUGCAACGUUAGCCCAGGUGUCUAUGCCAGCCGCUCAUGCAACAUCUUCGGCUCCCACGGUGACCUUAGUACAGUUGCCCAAUGGGCAAACAGUUCAAGUCCAUGGCGUUAUUCAGGCUGCCCAGCCGUCUGUUAUUCAAUCUCCACAAGUCCAGACAGUCCAGAUCUCCACUAUUGCAGAGAGCGAAGAUUCACAAGAGUCUGUAGACAGCGUCACAGAUUCCCAGAAACGCAGAGAAAUCCUUUCCAGGCGACCCUCCUACAGAAAAAUCUUGAAUGACUUGUCCUCGGAUGCCCCAGGAGUGCCACGGAUUGAAGAAGAAAAAUCGGAAGAGGAAGCAGCAGCACCUGCCAUUGCUACCGUGACAGUGCCAACUCCAAUUUACCAGACGAGCAGCGGGCAAUACAUUGCUAUCACCCAGGGAGGUGCAAUACAGUUAGCUAACAACGGCACGGACGGAGUGCAGGGCUUGCAGACGCUGACCAUCCCCAACGCCGCCGCCACCCAGCCUGGCACCACCAUUUUACAGUACGCACAGACCACCGACGGGCAGCAGAUCCUUGUCCCCAGCAACCAAGUCGUCGUUCAGGCAGCCUCAGGAGAUGUCCAGACGUACCAAAUCCGCACAGCGCCCACCAGCACCAUCGCCCCAGGCGUCGUUAUGGCAUCCUCACCCGCACUUCCCACCCAGCCAGCAGAGGAAGCCGCACGAAAGAGGGAAGUCCGUCUAAUGAAGAACAGAGAGGCAGCGCGUGAGUGCCGCAGGAAGAAAAAGGAAUACGUCAAAUGUCUAGAAAACAGAGUGGCCGUGCUCGAAAACCAAAACAAGACAUUGAUCGAAGAGCUAAAAGCACUUAAGGACCUCUAUUGCCACAAAUCGGAUUAAUUUUAGAUUCCCAUCUUUGGUUUGUUAACGUGGGGACAAAGACUGGUUCGGCGACAGCCAGAAAGACAAAAAGCGAACUGUUUAUUUUGUAAACAUUUCUUUUUUUUUUUCUACGCGCAAAACUGCCUGAAAGCAACUGCAGAAUUUAAUUCGUCUGUGCUUUUGCAUUAAACUGUGAAUGUUGAAA